UCUGCUGUGUAUUGUCCCAUCGUCUGCCCAUCCCACUGACCGUUUUCGUUGAUAAAGACAAAUAUCAAGCAUGCCCUCGAGUGUCACGUCGUCCCCUGCCUGGCAGGCUGUGCAAAAGCAUUAUGACACACACGGUCGCGCAUUGAAGUUGCGUGAACUGUUCGCCCAAGACCCGUCUCGGUUCGACAAGUUUCAUACCACUUUCACACCUGCGAAUGCCAGCCACCCGGCACUGCUUGUGGACUUUUCCAAAAACAUCAUCACAGAAGAAAGUCUCAAGCUCCUUAUAAACCUUGUUCGUGAGUCCAAAGUUGAGGAAUGGCGCGACAAGAUGUUUGCCGGAGAAAAGAUAAACACCACAGAAGACCGCGCGGUUUUGCAUGUUGCGCUCCGUAACCGGUCUAACACGCCAAUCUAUGUUGACGGCAAGGACGUGAUGCCAGACGUGAAUCGCGUUCUAGAGCAAAUGAAACGUACAUCUGAAGCCAUCCAGUCUGGCGAGUGGAAGGGAUAUACAGGAGAGCGCAUCACUGAUGUUGUCAACAUUGGAAUUGGUGGAUCGGAUCUGGGCCCAUAUAUGGUUACUGAGGCUCUCAAGCCAUACGGACACCCAGCUUUGACCAUGCAUUUUGUGUCCAAUGUCGAUGGAACUCACAUUGCGGAAACUCUUAAGCGGUGUAAACCGGAAUCGACGCUCUUCAUUGUCGCGUCCAAAACGUUUACCACCAUUGAGACCAUUACCAAUGCAACAACGGCGAAAAACUGGUUUUUAGAGAGGGCCAAGGACCCUGCUCACGUGGCAAAACACUUUGUUGCCUUGUCUACCAACACGAAGGCAGUCACUGCCUUUGGGAUCGAUCCUCAGAACAUGUUUGAAUUCUGGGACUGGGUGGGAGGACGUUACUCUUUAUGGUCAGCUAUCGGGCUAUCUAUUGCCAUCUACAUUGGCUUUAACAACUUUGUCGAGCUCCUUUCUGGUGGACAUGCCAUGGACAAUCACUUCCGCAAUACCCCAUUGGAACAGAAUAUCCCGGUGAUAUUGGGUGCCAUUGGUAUCUGGUACAACAACUUUUUCGGGGCGCAGACACAUGCUAUUUUGCCAUACGACCAAUAUAUGCACCGAUUCCCGGCGUACAUGCAACAGGGUGACAUGGAGUCUAACGGCAAGUCAGUUACUCGCGACAAUCAGCCGAUUACCGAUUAUCAAACCGGGCCUAUCAUUUGGGGAGAGCCAGGCACAAAUGGACAGCAUGCAUUCUACCAGUUAAUACAUCAAGGAACCAAACUCGUGCCAUGUGAUUUCUUGGCUCCGGUCAUUCCGCAGAAUCCCGUCUCCAACGGCAUACACCACAAGAUUCUUCUCGCCAACUUCCUCGCGCAGACAGAAGCUCUUGCGAAAGGGAAGACAGAGGAGGAGGUGAAGGCGGAGCUUGUGAAGGCUGGUGCAGCUGAGAAUUCUCCAACAUUCAAAACGCUGCUGGCUCACAAGCAAUUCCGUGGCAAUCGCCCCACGAACUCAAUGAUUUACCACAAGCUUACCCCAUUCAAUCUUGGGGUGCUGAUUGCCAUGUAUGAGCACAAGAUCUUUGUUCAAGGAAUUGUUUGGAACAUCAACAGCUUUGAUCAGUGGGGUGUCGAGCUUGGAAAGCAGCUCGCUAACGCUAUUCUGCCGGAGCUUGAUAGCGACGUUAAAAUACAGAAUCACGACCCCAGUACCAACGGCCUCAUCAAUUACUACAAGGAGGCGCGGAAGUACCCGAUCUGAGUGUUAUUUUUGAAUGCACAGGCUCACUGAGUUGGAGCCAUACAUGCGAGCAUUUUGCUACAUAUACCGCAACGGCUGAUACAAUAUAUUUGGUGGCUAUCGUCCUACCAAGGUGACACGAUCGCA